CACUACAGACGCCAAAAACCAACAAAGUGGUUAGAGACGCUCACCCUAAUGCACGCUUUGAUGUCAAGUCGCACGCACGUAAUUUGUUGGAUUUGUAGUGCCAUUGGGCCUCAAGUGUCAUACUCGAACGCCAAUACAACAACUGUAGUUACAACACAUAACAACAGCUCCAACAACAACAGCAGUCCACAAGCAUGUUGAUGAGCGGAAGUCAAAGAAUGUUAACAACACUGGCUACAGCACUCAAAGCAACAACUUCCGGCGCGACAGCAAACGACAACGGCUCCAGUAUUGCCAGUACAAAUGAUGUGGCGACCAAACAACCAAUACCAGUAACAACAACAACAAACCCAACAGAAACAAUUGAAGCAAGAAUGGUAUCAAUGGAGGUAACAGGCGGCGGAAUCGGUACAGUGCCAACCAGCAGAGAGCUGCUAUGUGCUGUUAUAGGUGGCGGUGGUGGUGGUGGUGUUGUCGCCAACGAAGUGGCCUGCGGUGAAAUAAGCGGAAAUCCGAAAACACCAACCGCAUCGGCAGGCGUAACAGCAGAGACGUCAUUUUAUACAAAUGUCAUAGGAAAUUGCAAUGGCCGCAAAAAUAAUGGCAAUCCCAGCAAUGAUAACAAAUGCUACAACAACAACAACAACAAUAAUAAUAAUAACAACAAUAGCAAUGUCAAUACAAAAACGGUGAAUAAUGCGGUUCUGAGGCAACAGCAACAACAACAACAGCUACUGCUCCAUCAAGAACUACAGCAGCAGCAGCAACAACAACAAAACCAUCAGCAAAUCGAACUAAAUGUACCAGUAACCGGGCCCGGACCAGGACGACCACCAUCUGCAUGCUCCCCAAACCGCCUACUACACCCGCCAAUGUAUUGCGGCGAUAGACUGCCGGCUUUGUGCGAUUUCAAUAUGAAUGUUGCUGGCAACAAUGUUGGCUAUGGUGAUGAUGGUGGCAGUAGUGGGGGCGGUGUUAAUGCCUGCUCCAUAACUGCCAUAUUUAAUACAAAUAAUAACAACAACAACAACAACAACAACAACAACAAUUAUGUUGACCACAACGGUAACAGUAACCUGACUAAUUGCUUGAAUGGCAACAAUGCUCAUGCAAACAAAAACAACAACACCAACAGCAUACUGCUCGCACUGCAACAAAAGCAACUGCUUCAACAACAUCAACAACAAUUGCAAUUGAAUUUCGCUACGCACAUGCAAGCACAAUUCGCCAAUGACGACAACUCGCCAUGCCAUACACCACCCCCCAUGACAGCGAUGCGUAACAUUGUUAACAACAACAGCAAAUGUGAUUCGCUACCCGCCGCAGCAGCCACACUCGGACUGCCAGUUGCAUUGUCGUUGCCAUUGUCAUUGCAUUUGCCAUUGUCAGCGACGGCGACGCCGUCGUCGUCAUCGUCCGCAACAGCAUCAAACUGUCGCACCGUCACGGCGUCAGAUGCCGCAGCAAUGCAGUGUGCCUAUUGUUGUCAGCCAAUUUGUGAUCGUUAUAUAAUGCGUGUCGUGGACACUUCAUUUCACGAGGGUUGCCUCAAGUGCGCCACUUGUGCUCUACACUUGGUCCAUUCGUGUUAUGCGCGCGAUGGUAAACUCUAUUGUCGCAUCGACUAUGAAAGAUUAUUUCUGCGCAAUCGAUGCCUCGGCUGUGGUCACCGAAUCGCCUGCGACGAGUUGGUUAUGAGAACAUAUGAUAAUGUGUUCCAUUUAAAGUGCUUUGCAUGCGUUGUCUGCGGAGGAAUGCUGAAGAAGGGUGAACAGUAUGUGGUGAAGCAAGGACAACUUUUUUGCCGUCUGGAUUAUGAGAAGGAAGUUGAGAUGUUACAAGGCUACGAUUUCUAUGGCGACGACUUAUUUGCACCGAAAAUGGAUGGACGACGUGGACCUAAACGACCGAGGACCAUACUAAAUACCCAACAGCGGCGCGCUUUUAAAGCCUCAUUUGAGCUAUCACCGAAACCCUGUCGCAAAGUGAGAGAGAAUUUGGCAAAAGAUACUGGUUUGAGCUUAAGAAUUGUACAGGUUUGGUUUCAAAAUCAGCGCGCUAAAGUGAAAAAAAUCCAAAAGAAAGCAAAACAGGAGCAUACGAAAGGUGCAAGCGACUCGCAAGAUUCUCAAGAAUCGGACAGCAGCAAUUUGGCGAAGAUUAAAGACGAGGCGCACAGCGAUAGUGAAUCUCUGCUGGAUUCGCCGUUCUCAGCGUGUGCCGGUAGCGUUGGCAGCGGCAGUGGUGUGGGCGGCGGUGUUAUGUCCUCCUGCUCGGAUGGCGCUGUAAAAAUGCGCGCUAUCAAAGAUGAAAACGAGAAUACGUCAUUUAAUUGCAUGGAAACCAAUAAAGAAAACUGCAAUAAAACGAAUGAGCCUUUUCUGAGCACUGUCCUUGGUUUAAGUUAUUCCACUUUUCAGCAGCUGAUGGGACCACUUACACAAUCGCCCAUGGUCAAUCCCAUAGACCGGCUUUACAGCAUGCAGAACUCUUAUUUUCGACCAGACGAACUCAGCUAUGAGGGCUGUUCGAAGGACUUGGUUGAGCCGUAAACGCAUUAUAAAUUAAAAAUAAAAUAUAAUAAAAAGGCAAAAUAAAUA